UGGUUCCUUCUUCUAAAUAUAAAUAAAUACACAUAUAUAUUCCCCAUCACAAAAUUCACAUAUGCACUCUCCGGAGGGCUAGCUUUCGACGGAGAAUUACACCGCCUGAGCAAGUCCUUUUUCAUUUCAUUUCACCCAGCAGCUCCUAUUCGUGCCUAGUGUUUGUUAAUCAGGAGCUGCUAAUUAUUAAAAAUGACUGGGGGAGAUGCCCAAAAGAGGAAGAGAAUCGCCAUAAUUGGAGUCUCCACCUUCUUGCUGGUGGCCAUGGUGGUGGCGGUCACAGUUAGUGUCGGCUUCGGCAAGGAUGGAGCCAACGCAGAUUCAAAAGAAAACAGCAAAUCCAGCGUGUCUUCAUCAAUGAAAGCCGUGAAAACUCUAUGCGCACCCACAGAUUACAAGAAGGAUUGCGAGGAGAGUCUAUCAUCACACGCCGGAAACAUCACCGACCCAAGAGAGCUCAUCAAAAUUGCGUUCAACGUGACCAUCGCCCGAAUCGGGGAAGGUUUGGAGAAAUCGCAAUUGUUGCAAGAAGCUGAAAAAGACCCAAGAACCAAAGAGGCUCUCGACACAUGUAAGGACCUCAUGCACCUCUCAAUCGAGGAGUUCAAGAGAUCUCUCGAGAGGUUUGGAAAGUUUGACCUCAACAACCUCGACAGCAUCCUAACAAGCCUCAAGGUUUGGCUCAGUGGUGCCAUAACAUACCAAGAGACAUGUUUGGAUGCGUUUGAGAACACCACAAGCGAUGCUGGUCAUAAAAUGGCAACCGCUUUGCAAACCGCCAUGCGUAUGAGCAGCAAUGGUUUGUCCAUCAUCACUGAACUCUCCAAGACUCUUACUGAGAUGCACGUGACCAAGCCUGCUGGGCGCCGCCUUUUGAAGGAGGGUGGGGACAACGAGUUUGAGCUUCCCGAAUGGGUUGAUGACCGUGUUGGUGUUAGGAGACUUCUGCGUAUGACUGCACGAAAGCUCAGCGCGCACGUGGUUGUGGCUAAGGAUGGGAGUGGAAACUUCACCACCAUCAGCGAGGCAUUGAAGCAUGUGCCCAAGAAGAACAUGAAGCCAUUCAUUAUCUACAUCAAGGAGGGGGUUUACAACGAGUAUGUUGAGGUUGCAAGAAACAUGACCCAUGUUGUUUUUGUUGGUGAUGGUGGUAAGAAGACACGGAUCACUGGCAGCAAAAACUUUGUGGAUGGGGUUGGUACCUUCAGAACCGCCAGUUCUGCUAUUCUUGGAGAUUACUUUGUUGGAAUUGGUGUCGGAUUUGAGAAUUCCGCUGGAGCUGCAAAACAUCAAGCAGUAGCUUUGAGGGUUCAAGCUGACAAGUCCAUCUUCUACAAAUGCAGAAUGGACGGGUUCCAAGACACACUCUAUGCUCACACCAUGCGUCAAUUCUACAGGGAUUGCAUCAUUUCAGGCACCAUCGACUUCGUCUUCGGUGAUGCUGUGGCUGUUAUGCAGAACUGCACUUUCGUUGUCCGAAAGCCACUAGAAAACCAGCAAUGCAUUGUGACCGCACAAGGAAGGAAAGAGAGGAACCAGCCAUCAGGAAUAGUCAUCCAAGGAGGUUCCAUCGUGUCAGAUCCCAAAUACUUCCCUGUCAGGUUUGACAACAAGGCCUACUUGGCACGUCCAUGGAAGAAUUUCUCAAGAACCAUCUUCAUGGACACCUACAUUGGAGACCUGAUCACACCCGAUGGUUACAUGCCAUGGCAGUUAAUGGAUGGAACCUUAGCUGGAAUGGACACUUGCUACUACGCUGAGUUCAACAACCGUGGACCCGGUUCAGACCAGUCCAAGCGUGUGAAAUGGCCAGGGGUCAAGACCCUAACAUCAGACGUUGCUAUCAGUUUCUCGCCAUCUAGAUUCUUCCACGGAGAUGACUGGAUCAAGGUUACUAGAGUACCUUACAACCCUGGCAAGGUCACAUUAUCCCCCAGUACUCAUCAUUAAUUGAUGUUACUAAUUCGUUCAUAUUCGAGAGAGUGCGUGGAUAUAUAUUGUUGCGAGCGAAGAAGACUAGUACUAAUUAUUAAUGCUUGUGUUGUUCCAUCUUUGUAUUUUGUCUUCUGAUCAUCCAUUUGUUCAAUGGUUUGAAGUGAGUGUGUGUAUUUGUACUCUCAUUUUAUGCCACAAUUCCCAAACCACGGGUGAUCGAUCAUGCUUGUAUAGAUUCGCAAUUACGUUA